AUGCCCCAGAUAAGAAGACUUCUGAAGAAGCUAUUAACAAUAGUGGAGCUAACAAUACAAUUGGCAUUGAAUCCUGUCACGAAAGAAAUUGUAUCACCUGAGUGUGAUGAAUCUGGAGCAGGAGCUAGCUGUUCAGGCCUUAUUGCUACAAAAUCAACUGUAAUAGAAGAAAAGACAAUCCCAGAAACUGUGAAUGUAAUUUCACCUGGAACUGGAUUUAAAGAACAGGCUGAAAAUAGUACAGUUGUAAAGCAGGAAGGCCAGAUCAAGAACUCAAACUCUAUGUUUUGCACAGAUAAAAGCAAGGGAAUCCUAAUCGGUGAUAACGUAUACUGCACAUCAAAAUUAUACAAGAUUGCAAAUGAAUCAAACUCUGCUACUAAAGCAGUCAGACGUCUAUUGGAGGGUGUGUUUACAUUGGAGUCACUUCUUCAGUGUACUGUGUCUGGUCUUUCACCAAGAGGUAAGGGUUGCCAAGCCUAUGCAGACCCAAAUUCUAUUAAAAAAUUUCUAGAACCUGCUGGAGUAGAUGCGAUUAUUGAUAAGGCUCUAGAAUGGCAGAAAAUCAAACAUUGGCGCCCUAAAAAAGAUUCUACUCAAUUACGAAGUGCCAUGGCAGUGCGUCUCUGCGAAAUCAGGGAGAAAGAGCAAAAGCGCCAGUCUAAUAAAUCCAAAGUAUAA